UUUGCUGUGCGCUGUUCGACGGUUUUUGCUUUCAUCAUUCUUAUCUUGCAUGUAUAGGCAUUUUCUUCUAUUCGAUAGCGAAUUGUUACAUUUUCCGUGCGUAUUUUCCGAUCAAAAGUGUUGAUUUGUGUGUUUGAAAGUAUUCCGCCAUACGGGUGGCCAGUUAUCGCCCUUGCAAAUGAAAAUUUGUUCAUAACAUCGAGCCUGUUUUGUAGCCUUUACUUCGUGUCCGUCCAUCGUACGUGGUUAUUAUUGUUUACUUUCUCGAAAUUUAUUGUUCGUUCGGAACCGUGAAAAGUUUAAAGUUCCAAUUCGGUGUAAGAUUCAGGAAGAACCGAUUUUCUAUCAAAUAUUAAGGGGAAAUCGUUACAACCAAGCCACCAAUCGAUAUGAUGUCCGCCAGCGGUAGCAACAGCAACGAUGGUGGAACAGGUGGCGGCAGCAGCAAAAGUGACACGUCGCGAGCUGUCCCGAUUAAGAAUCCCCUGCUAAGCAUGCAGGUCACUGGUUUGACGUUGGACGAUUUUGCCCACAAUGCAAUGCUACUGCCGGCGGCACCGAUACCGACGAUCGUACCGUCACCGCCGCCACCGGUACUGACGGCGACAGAAUCGCUGUCCGCAACAGCGCCACCACUGCUAGAGGUUAGCCGAGAACCGGGAACAACAGACAUCAGAAAACCUAUCGUGUUCAGUCCACUGCAACCGGGCUCAGUUCCCGAGCUUCAAGAUCCGGACAGUUUUAGUGAGAUCGAUCUACACUCGACAGUUGACUCAUUGAGUGCGGCUCCAGCUUCCACCGUUGAGUACAAUCCCCUUCAGGAUCUCGAGGAAUCUGAAAUCAAAAGUCUUGAGCCGAAUUCAUAUCUGCAACAAACAUCCGCUAUAACAGCACAAUUCGCAGCUCAGCUACCGACCGUAGCCUCUACUGUCUUUUCAACGUUUAGUCGAGUAAUCAAGGGUUCGUCGCCUGGUCCUCAGCAGAAUUUCGGUCAAUCUGCACCACCGGUGGUAGAACAAGCACCUGUCAUUCAAGCAGCCUACGACUAUUCUCAACAACAGUUUUCGGGGACGCCAGGCUUUCAAAGUGCAGAACAGCAGCAACCGCUGCCACCACCUCCAACGUUUUUCAACCCAAAAGCCGUUAGUAAGUCUGGAAUCGCUCAAACUUCACACACCGUGCAGACAGGAUCUAACACCUAUCGACUAGGUGGAAGCAAGAAGAAAACUUACGCCCACAUACCUGGCCUGAGUACGGCUGGACCACCUUCUACAGUGGUAGCUCCCACUCAAAAUCAAGACCUUAACCAAUUUGUCCCUCAUCAGGAAGUUCAAACUACAGUUCAAUAUACGGGAACUCAAGAACAACCAGCUAAGUCUGGUUUUUCGUUUUUCGAGAAGCUACCCAACCUACUAGAGAAAAUUCCAAAGCCGGCGUUUGGAUCUUUACCGCAACAACCGCCAACUGUUCCCAGCCCCGUUGAUUACUUCGGAGUUCAGUGUUCUGCCCCGGAAGUACCAGCUUUCGGACAACCUUUGCCUCCGCCACCUUCAAGCCUCAGCCAGCCUCCAAAACCCGAAGCUACCGGCAGCUUAUUACAACCGCUACUCGAGCAAGAAUCACCACUAGAGUUAUCAGAAAAUUUACCACCCCCUCCCACGUUUUUCACACCUGCCCAAGUCCCAACUGUUCCCCAGUUGCAUCAAAACCAACCAUCCAAGAAUCCCUACAGUUCAAGUCGACUUAGCAGAGGUGUCGGUCUGUAUAAAAAUCCUUUGGCUCCACAAGCAUCUGCAGCAAUCCACACUUUUCUACCGAAUCAGGAGCCACCCAAAGCUACAUCUCCUGCUAGCUUUUUCCAACCUCCUCCCUUCCAUCAAGAUUCUGUACCUACUUAUCCCAGCCCGAUACCUACAUAUCCAAGUCAACCGCCUCCACCGGUUCAAUACUGCAAUCCCCCCACCGCUUCAGUUCAAUCCACCAAGCCCUUCGAACCACCAUCCUUGAUUCCCCAGCGAAGCAGCGAACCACUAUCGACCGCGGAUACCGGUUUCGCCAACUCCCGACCGCAAUCAUCACUAAGUGAAUCGCUCAAUCGCAAAUCCAGCCUAUUCACUUCGUUUGGAGAAAAUCCACAAUCGGAAGCAAAAACCAUCCUCGACAGUCGUUCCAAAUCAAGCGAAAACGUACUUUCGCCACCACCGCGCCCUAAUUCGAAUCUUAGUGAACCGGCACUGUUCAGCGACGGACAACCAAUUAGUUUGUUCAAACCGGAAGUAACUCCAACGCCACCGCCGCCACCUGUAGCGGCGCCAGCCGGCGAUGCCAGUAGUCAGCCUGCAGUACCAGCGCUUAGUUACUACAAUCCGGUUGCAGCUCCCGCACAGCCACUGGCGGUAAAUUUCUUCAACCCAGCGCAAGUUCCCCAACAACCAUCUAGUACUGCCGCUCUGCCACCACCACCACCAACAUUCGGCACCGUCGGUUCUAAACCGUACAAUCUACAGAAACCUCGUAGAACUGUGUACGCCGUUCAACCAAAUCUUGUUCCGUCAGUUGAACCAACUCAAAGUUCUCAUUUCUUUAAUUCUGCUGCUCCUCCACAAGCCUACUUUGAACAUUCUGCUCCCCCAGUAGCCCCAAUAUCACUGUUCAAUCCAAUCGCUGUGCAACCUCAACUACCACAGUUGCAAUCAAAUCCGCUCUGUCCUCCGUUGAACACAGAACCGCCACACCCGCAUCCGAUUCCUCCAGCUUCAUUCUUCAAUCCGAUUGCACCACGACCACAAACUGAAGACCACAACGCUAACCCAAUCCAGCAACCAGCGGCACUGAAAUCCACUGUCCCAGUCCAGCAAGAUAUCAAUUCGAAUCGAGUCUCCGCACCACCACCACCACCAACUAUCGGCAAUUUCUUCCUUCCCGAUUCCAACUAUCCAGCUCCAGUUGCUCCAGCAGACAGUUUAAACGCUAACUUUGCUUUCCUCCAAGUUUCCAACCAGUCAACACAACCCACCCCGAACUCUUCGGAUUUUUUCAACAACUCGGUCCCAAAUAAACCGACCUCAACCACGGGACAAACUCCGUCCCAGGUACAAUUUUUCAACUUCUUCGGAGAACCACCAGCAGUAAACAAACCGGUCGGGCCUAUUGUGUCAGCUAACCAAGCCACCUUCAAUCAACCGCUAGCGAGUGCAUUUUUCGGACAGGCUCAGGACAACGUUGAUCAUUCGACUGACGGCACCGUUGGGGAAAUCGGCAAACCUUCGAACGAGGAAAACGACGAACAACCGAUUCGGAUUAUUGAACCGGAAGAGCAGUCGGACGAAGCCGACGAGGAACAGCUAUCGUCGGAGAGUACCGUGAAUCGUGCAAGGGAUCAGGCCAUAAACGACAGCCAGCUGGACGACCGGUACGACGAUCCGGUGGAACAGGAACGGAUCGGAAACGCUCCGGAGCCGAUUUUCAGCAGUGACAAUUUGUUUGAAUUUAAAAAGUCCGCUUUCGAGGACGAUACCUACUCCAAGGACGUACUGAUUGACGCCAAUAGCAGUAGUAUGGCAGCAAUGACGGCAACGGCCGCGGCCGCUGGCACGGGAGGUACCUCGGCAGUCGCCGUUGACAGUUCGAUGGCUUCGAUCAGCGAAACUACCAACGUUGCUUACCGUCCGGUCUAUCGGCAUUGGUUUUUCAAACGAGAGAUAGAAUCCAAAGUUAUCUGGACACCGUUCUCGAUGAGUGACUCUCUGGCGCUGGAGGACGCCCUGCCGGUGAUCGAUAGAGAAGACGAUAGCAGUCCGGUGGUUAUUCACGUGGAUGGUGGACGACACGAUGUGGUAGUAAAAGAGCGCAAAAUGACUCCAGUGUAUUGGAAAGGACCCUCCCAAGAAGUUCGUAGAUGCUCUUGGUUUUAUAAAAACGUUGAUUCCCGAUUCGUACCAUACGACGAAGAGGUUGCAGCACUGUUGGAACAAGAAUACAAAGAAGCUGCUACAUCAGGAGAGUGGCAUAGACGAGUGGUCAUUCCUAACGGGGAAACUGUAGUGUUCCACGGACCGUCAGUGAUUGUUCAUUUUCUGCAAACGCAAAACCCCGACUCGUGGGGUAGUACCUCCCCGGUACAGCCAACAACCAAUAGGCCUCGUGUGGUCAAACGUGGAGUUGAUGAGUUCAAUAUCGAAGAUGGAGAACCGGAACGAAUAGAUCACCUGCUAUUUAUGGUACAUGGAAUCGGUGAAGGAUGCGAUCUUCGUUUCCGACCACUGGAGGAAGUGGUUGAUGAGUUUAGAAGCAUAUCUGCUCAGUUGGUUCAAAGCCAUUAUCGAUCUUCAUUCGAUCGAGGAGACAUUGGUCGGGUGGAAGUGUUGCCCAUUUCGUGGCACAAUGAUCUACACUCGGAGGAAUCCGGUGUUGAUAAAAAACUGAAAGCGAUCACGCUGGAGUCGAUUCCUAAGCUGCGCAAUUUCACCAAUGACACACUGCUUGAUGUGCUGUUCUACACUAGCCCGAUGUUUUGUCAAAGUAUAAUUGAUGCUGUCGGGAAGUCGCUGAAUCGACUCUACUCGUUGUUCUUGCAGCGAAAUCCCGACUUCAAGGGAGGCGUAUCAUUGGCGGGUCACUCGCUCGGAUCGUUGAUUCUGUUCGAUUUGCUGUGUCACCAGAAGGGACAACCGAUGGAGACGGAAAAUUCGGAUAAAUUUCAGGAAAAUCCGGACGGCGAUCGUGUGCCAGCCAUGCAGAGCAACAAGCAUCAUCCCAGCCACCGGCCGCUAUCGCGCAAAUGUUCGCAACAGAUCAACUACGAGGUGGGACCAGCCGGUACGGGACAACCGUACAUCGCAUACCCGCAGCUUCUGUUUUAUCCGAAAAAGUUCUUCGCCCUUGGUUCACCGAUCGGCAUGUUCGUAACCGUACGGGGGAUCGAUGCACUCGGGUUAAACUUCAAGUUACCCACAUGCGAAGGUUUCUUCAACAUUUUCCACCCGUACGAUCCGGUGGCGUACCGAAUCGAAGCCCUUGUCAACCCGGAACUGAGCGGUCAUCGGCCGGUUCUGAUUCCCCAUCACAAGGGCCGCAAGCGGAUGCAUCUGGAAUUGAAGGAAACAAUGCUGCGUGUAGGAACCGACCUGAAGCAGAGAGUGUUGGACACAUUCCGAAACACCAUGGAUGCCGUCUACUCGAUUACUUCGCUAAAUCGACCUGACCAGAAGGCGAUUGAGCACGAGGUGGAUAAGGUGAUCGAACACCAGCUAAAAUUCGAAGCCGGUUCUUCGUCGACUACAGUUUCGUCUGGUGAUUUGGAAAGCAGUGAGACGGAUUUACCCCUUGGACAGCUGAAUCAGUCACGGCGAAUCGAUUAUGUAUUGCAGGAGGCUCCACUUGAGUUUUUCAAUGAAUAUGUGUUUGCGCUUACCAGUCAUGUGUGCUACUGGGAAUCGGAGGAUACUAUGCUGUUUCUUAUGAAGGAAAUCUACUGCAGUUUAGGGGUGCAAAGUGACAACCAGAUUCCCCAGCAAUCGAUGACCAUUGAGAGGCCCAUCGCUAGUCCGACCCCAUCCACCUCGUCGCACUCCAAUUACAAUCUAUUUCCUCACGCUCAGCCAACGCCGAGUGUGAAUAAUCGAUAGGGAAGUGAAUAUUGAAUGAGCGCAUCGUUGACAUCAUUAGUGACAGAGUUGCUUUUAUACGGACCUGAUGCAUUAUUGUUUUCUUUUUUAUUUUUAAAUAGGACGCUUUUCUGUUGAAUAUGUGUGUAGUCUCAACCGGCGAAAUGUUAUUUACAAUCAUUGGACAAAGUAUGUGUAUGCUUUUCUUUUUUGUUUGCAAUUACGAAAUCGUAGUCAAUAAAAUGAACACAUCUCUGAUAGUUUUCACUGGCUUUAUGCAGUCAGUGGCUACGAUUAUAUCUUGAACGCAAUCGUUUUAGUUAAGAGCUAAGUUACUGAAAUAUCCCAUUCAACGUUGCUUACUGUAAGAUAAAACUACCCGUAAGUAUGUUCAAUAUUUUUAUCGAGGUAUGAAACUAGAGCAUAAAGGAAA